GCCGUAUGCUAUGAACUCGUAUCUAUUGGCACCAACUAAAGCGGUUGCGAUGAUUCAUAGUGGUAGCCAAUUCUGGUAUGUAAAAAUGGAAAAUUCCCACUUUACAAUUGGAUGGAUGAAUGUAGUCCAUGCUCACAAUAUCGGCAAGAAUUAUUUGCUUCUAUUUUCUUGUGCUGGGCACCUUGAAUUCAAUCUAUAUAUAUUCAAUGAAAAUAAUUAUGAAAUCGUGUACGAUUGGACUACUAUUUCACCAAUCCAGUACUCAAAUGCACCCAAUGAUUGGGAUUCACACGAAGCUUUCUCUCACCUCAUCGGAGAUGUCAUGGUCAUUGCAUUUCUGCCAAUAAGCUAUCGAGCUACUUGCCAUGCUUUCCGCACUACUAUCUUUGUCAAAGCUGACAUCCUUGAAAAACAGCUAUGGGAAACAUUUGUUGCUGCAUAUAACUUACAAGCUGGCCACAUUCUGAUUCUUAGUCCCGAUAUCAAGCUGCGGUUGCAUGUUAUGGUGCUUCAUUUGAAUGAUCAUGAAGAGAUUUAUGAUUGGUAUUCAAUACCCUAUGACGAAGAACCUUUGAUUUGGAAAUUCACCCUAUUUAUGACGCAUAUUAGAAGGAAGAGAAUGACAAGAAGAAUAUAUUUUGUAAAAAUUCCGAGCGACUAAGCGUGUGAGCUAUUUUGGAAGUUAAGUUAGUAGACUUCAAAGCAUUUGGCUAGAAACAAUUUUCUACUAUGCCUGUAUAUCUUUGGUUUCCAUGACUUCAGUUUGUGAA